AUGGAAAAGUUAUGUUUCAGAAACAGAGAGAAGGCAUGCUAUUCCAUCACAAGCACAACACCAUAUAUAUUGGCAGGUCUUGCUUCUGCCGUGGGUGGGUUGAGUGCACCAUACGAAAAGGCUUCUCAUGUACAUGCAAGACCGAUCGUGAAUUGGCUCUGGUCAGCUGGUUGUCAUCCGUUUGGACCAUUCUCCAAUACUUCCCAGAUGAGUCAAAUGCUCCAGGAUGUUGCCUUGAGGAACACGAUAUACGCUCGUGUAGAUUCUGCACUACACAGAAUUCGGGAUACAUCAGAGUAUGUACAAACUUUUGCUGCUGAAUAUCUGAAAACCCCACUUAGUGAACCAGUCAAGGGCAAGAAAAAUAAGUCGAGCACUGAGCUAUGGUUGGAAAAGUUCUACAAGAAGAAAACUAACUUGCCUGAACCUUUACCUCACGAAUUAGUUGAAAGACUAGAGAAAUUCUUGGAUAACCUUGAGGAAGAACUUGUAGAUCUAUCAUACCUGUUAUACGAUCAUCGGUUACAAGAUGCACACCUGAACAGCUCAUAAAUUUUACAAAGCACUAUCUACACCCAACA